AUGUUUAGACUUCUCCGCCUCCACCCUACUUCUGAUAAAUUUGGCUUCUCUGUGCGGGGUUGUUCUAUUGUCUCUAUGGCAUCAUCUUCUGCAUUUUCUACAUGGACUUUGAAUGGCAAUUCAGUUGUUCCAGAGGCAACAAAGAACUCCAGUGGAUUUAUUUGCCACUAUAAGACCGGUUGCUUUAAAGAAACAGUUCACUGUAUGUCCAUGCGUGUAUCUGCUGACAUGCCACAUCCAUGGGAAUUACCUGAUGACAAACUAGUUGGCUCGGGUCUAGGAAGGAUUUCACUCAAGAACAGAGUCCAGUGCAGUGCGCUGGAGGUUGCCAUGAAACCUUCAUUUUCAGUGGGAAAUAAGUUUCAACUUGAAGAUGUUAUUGAAGCUCAGCAAUUCGACAGAAAUAUUCUCAGUGCCAUUUUUGAAGUGGCUCUUGAGAUGGAAAAGAUUGAGAAGAACUCAGCCAGAAGUCAAAUUCUCAAGGGGUAUCUGAUGGCCACUCUUUUUUACGAGCCCUCAACUAGAACUAGGCUUUCAUUUGAGUCUGCUAUGAAACGUUUAGGUGGGGAAGUGUUGACUACAGAGAAUGCACGAGAAUUCUCCUCAGCGGCAAAAGGAGAGACACUGGAAGAUACCAUAAGAACAGUUGAAGGAUACUCUGAUAUAAUCGUGAUGAGACAUUUUGAAAGUGGCGCUGCCAGAAAAGCAGCAGCAACAGCCAGUGUUCCCAUUAUUAAUGCGGGAGAUGGCCCUGGGCAGCAUCCGACUCAGGCUCUCUUGGAUGUGUAUACUAUUCAAAGAGAGAUAGGAAAACUGGAUGGUAUAAAAGUUGGACUUGUUGGAGAUCUUGCUUAUGGAAGGACAGUCCGAUCACUUGCCUAUCUACUUGCACAAUAUGAGGACGUUAAAAUCUACUUCGUGUCUCCUGAAGUGGUAAAAAUGAAGAACGAUAUCAAAGAUUAUCUGACGUCAAAAGGAGUUGAAUGGGAAGAAAGUUCUGAUCUCAUGGAGGUGGCUUCGAAAUGUGACGUGGUAUAUCAAACCCGAAUCCAGCGAGAAAGAUUUGGAGAGAGAGUUGAUCUAUAUGAAAAAGCUCGAGGCAAGUACAUUAUGGAUCAGGAUGUCUUGGGUGUAAUGCAGAAACAUGCAGUUGUGAUGCAUCCUCUGCCAAGGCUUGAUGAGAUUACUGUUGACGUGGACAUGGAUCCAAGGGCUGCCUAUUUUAGACAAGCAAAGAAUGGUCUCUACAUCCGGAUGGCUCUUUUGAAGCUUUUACUUCUUGGUUGGUAA